AUGCGUGGUUUUGCAUCGGCAGAAGCUCUCGACUCAAGACAGUGGCAGUCGCUACUAGCUCUCCUGCAAACAAAUGCGGCUGUUGACCAACCCACUCAUACAGCACGGCCUCGCCGGCCGUCCAUCAGCGCCGCCGCAUGAGCGGCGGCAACUGCAGCAGCACGAUCACCAGCAGGGGGUUUAUCAAAGUCAAAAGAAAGGCCGCAUCAACGAGGAAGGAGCCCAGCAACACCCCGACAAAGCCUUUCCCCGACGGCUCCCGCCGCUGCACCCGUGCUGCUGGCACUUCGCGGUGGCCAUACAGAGCAGGAGCAACAGAAUUCAAUACACGAGCAACAUAAUUCAAUACAGGAGCAACUGAAUUCAGAGCAGAAACAACAGAAUUCAAUACAGGAGCAACUGAAUUCAGAGCAGAAACAACAGAAUUCAAUACAGGAGCAACAGAAUUCAGAGCAGGAACAGCAAAAACACCUGAGCAGUAAAGAGGGGCAUCCCAAAGUCCAUGACGAGCCACUGCGUCCGGAAGCGCAGCAGCAGGUGUAUAUGCAGGAGCAGCCUGAUGAAGAGGAUGCGGCAGCCGAGGCACUGGAGCGUAAAGCACUGCAAGAUUCGCUAAGAGAGAGCUUGGCAUCGGUAGAGAAACACCUCAGACGAAGAGUUCCUGCAGGACAUGCGGAUUUCAGAGUGCAAACGGUACGCCCUGUGUUUUGA